GUUUUUUUGGGGAGGAUUACGAUGCAAGGAACCAAUGAAUGAUAACGCGGGCUUUUGUUUGGCUAUUUUUUGUUUGCCAGCCUGUUUGCGGGUGUACCUGCCUCCCUGCCAGUUCGUGGCUGCUUUCUUCCGCUACCUUGUCUCCCAGCCUACAAGCGGUCCUUUUGUCUCCCAGCCGGCCUCUCCACAGGCAUCGGUCCUUCAAGCAUGCUGUCCUAUUGUUUCUCUUAUUAGAGCUGAAAACCGCAGAGGAGCAAACCGGCCUUUUGCUCGCCCUUUGCCUGGGCCAGCUCACAGACUUCUCCGUCCCCUUUUUGUAUUCAAGUAUGGUGCCACUUGUGCAUGCUACCGUCAACUUGUUGGUUGGUAACAAUGCUGAGCUCCCAAACGUGCCAACAUGUGGAAAACCCAGCGAAAAGGAGAUCAAACGGAAGCUGAAUCUGCGUUGGCCCGCCUGCAGUUCAGUCAUGGCAACUUGAUGUGUGGCAGGUCUCCGAAAUUUUAUCGCUGGCAGUUCCCAAGACCAUUCCGCGCCGGAGCUUCCCCGUGGGAAACGACCUGUGCGCGAGAACCCGUGUUUUUGUCGCAGGCUCGGAGCGCCAUGGCGGAGGAGCCAGAUGAAGCAAUGAGGGAGGUCAUGGAGGCAGAGGAUGACCUGGAAGAGGUGGAAGGCGAUGAAGAAGAUGCCGAAGCGGGCUGGGAGGGUGGAGAGGGCGAGGCAAUGUGUCGCCCGCCCGAUGAGGAGGAUGAGGCCUUGCAGCUGGACCAUCAGCUAGAUGAAGGUAAGUUUCAUGUGGGUGUGAGUUGGGUACACCUGGCCGGCCUCAGCGGCAAGCGAGAGCAAUACAAUGGAAUGAAGUGCUUGAUCACCUCUUUUGGCGUUCGUAAUCCAGCUCUUGUGAAGGUUCGUGCUGUUGAGAAGAACGAGCAUGGCAAGUACAUUGCCUUAUGGGUGAAGAGGAUCAAUUGUCGCAACACCGUGCACAAGGACACCGGUGCCUGGAAGGCCACUGAGAAUCCGGAAAACACCGGUGCCACGGGCGCCGCUCGCUGGGUGGCGCUCGGUCGCUCAGAGGUCGAUGCAAUGCAGGGAAAGUUGAAGUUUCAAAAGACACCGGAAGAGGAGGCUGAGAGAGAGGAGCUCUUCAAACUCAUUGAUGUGAAUCACAAUGGAAAGCUGAGCCUUGCAGAGAUCGACAAGGCGCUUCCCGAAGUGAUGGGUUGUGUGGCCCUCUUCAACGCUAAGCCUGCCAUCAUUCGGGCCUUCUUAGCCGCCACGGGACGGCCUGCAUGUCGAAAUGACAACACGGCCUUCCGUGAGCAUUCUCGAGACUAUGUGAAGCCGGGGGAGCAAUUUCGGAGAUUGAUCCAAUACCUCCAUGAGUUCUUUGAAAUGUACCUGAUCUUUCAAGACAUGGCCGAUGCUGACGAAGACCGUCGCAUCGACUGCAAGGAGUUUGCCGAGUUCGUUGCCUCGGGCAAAGCCGAGAAGGUGGGAAUCCAGGUGACUCCCGAGAUGAUGGAAGACCGAUGUGGUGCGACACCCAUGCCAGGGUAUUCCUUAUUCAAUGAGAUUGAUGAAGACCAAGGCGGCUGCAUUCUCUUCAAGGAGUUUUCAGACUAUUGCAUCCGCAUGGGUCUCAAGACUACUGCAGGUCGAGAUCCAAUUGAUGGCGGAAAAUUGCGAGCCAUGUUCCAUCAAGCGAAAGACAUGGAUGACGCCAUCUCAAUUGGCCGUUUUGUAGAGAUAUUGAAGAAGGUUGGCAUCAGAGACGGGGAGAUUGAUGCAAUCAUCAAAGCAACGGACAAAAAUCACAACUACAAGAUCGACAUCGAUGAGUUUGUUGAGUGGCUCACGCAAGACGACCACCAUGCCGCAUUGAAACGGGCCGAAAACGACGGCUAAGUGGCCGUUCGAGCGGCUGUGGUUUCAAGGCGAUUCUGCUUGAAGACCCAGACCUACAAGAAGGGUGGGGCAAACAUGUGCUUAGUACAUAUAGGAAUUGGAAUGUACAGGAUCCGAUGCCUCCAUCCUUUUUUUGUAGGCGCGAACUGACGACAAAA